GGACUGUGCGUGUGUGUGUGUGUGUGUGUGAGAGAGAGAGAGCUGAAGCAGGCAGGUGUGUGUGUGUCAGGGCAGAUGAGCUGAGCGUGUACCUGCAGGCUGCUGGAACCUGGAGCGGGCCGCUGCUGAGGAGGGAGGCAGAACACGCCCUGACGGAGAGAAAAGGUGGACGCGCGCUCUCGGGGCCCCCGAUCACCGCGGAACACACAGAGGCGGAGCUGCGCACCUGAGCACCAGCUCAGCUCCAAUGCACCGCCGCGGGCCCGCAGCUCCACCGGACACCUACCAAAUGAGAUCGACACGAGUUUAUAUCCACAGACGUCGCUUUGCGCCCGGGAGCUGUUUUAUCCGCGCCUGUUGCUCGGAUCACCUGGAGAUCCCGCGGGACUCCGCCAAGAAAUAAAAGAGCAGAGAAGUGAAGUGGCCCGAGCACCAUGAGCAGGAAGACGCGGCGCUGGAUUUUACACUUUUUCCUGUGCCUUGGAGUAGUUUACCUGAAGAUCGGAGGUCUGUCCACGGUGGUUGCGCUGGGAGCGAGCAUCAUCUGCAACAAAAUCCCGGGCCUGGCUCCUCGUCAGAGGACGAUCUGUCAGAGCCGGCCCGACGCCAUCAUCGUGAUUGGAGAGGGGGUUCAGAUGGCCAUCAACGAGUGUCAGUUCCAGUUCCGACACGGACGCUGGAACUGCUCGGCCCUGGGAGAGAGGACCGUGUUCGGAAAAGAGCUCAAAGUGGGCAGUAAGGAGGCCGCGUUCACCUAUGCCAUCAUCGCUGCCGGGGUCGCCCAUGCAGUCACCGCAGCCUGCACCCAGGGUAGUCUGAGCGGCUGCGGCUGUGACAAGGACAAACAGGGUUUCUACAACCAGGAGGAAGGCUGGAAGUGGGGAGGCUGCUCUGCAGACGUCAACUACGGCCUGGAAUUCUCCAAGGUGUUUGUGGACGCGCGGGAAAUUAAGCAGAACGCCAGGACUCUCAUGAAUUUACAUAACAAUGAAGUGGGGCGCAAGGUCCUGGAGAAGACCAUGCGUCUGGAGUGCAAGUGUCAUGGUGUGUCAGGGUCUUGCACCACCAAAACAUGCUGGAUGACGCUCCCUAAGUUCCGUCAGCUGGGAUACGUUCUCAAGGAGAAGUACAACCACGCUUCACACGUGGAGCCGGUGCGAGCUAGCCGCAACAAGCGCCCAACGUUCCUGAAGAUCAAAAAACCACAUUCCUACAGGAAGCCCUUGGACACAGAGCUGGUCUACAUUGAGAGGUCGCCCAACUACUGCGAGGCCGACCAUCUGACUGGCAGCAUGGGGACGCAGGGUCGUCUGUGCAACAAAACGGCCCAGCAGCCCAACAGCUGCGAUCUGAUGUGCUGCGGCCGCGGACACAACACGCAUCAGUACUCGCGUGUGUGGCAGUGCAACUGCAAGUUCCUGUGGUGCUGCUACGUCAGAUGCAACACGUGCAGCGAGCGGACAGAGGUGUACACCUGCAAAUAGAUAUACCGGACUGCUCGUGUAUUUCCGAGUGCCAGUGCAAAUCUGCCACCGAAUUGGACUCAACCGCUGAGCUCAUAAAUGUUACGUCUGUUUCUCGUGAUACCAUUUCAUACAUUCUCUGCAGUCCACACUGCUCAGCUCAGAUGCUGAGGAUAUUCUUUUUUUUCCUAAACUAAUUAUUUAUUCAGUGAGAAAACUACUGAUCAUUUUUGACUUUUCAUUGUCAGGUGGGGUUGACACAUGGUGUAUAGAUUCCUGACAUUUUAUUGCAAAGUAUAUUCACGUGCACUUAAGAGCAAAAAAAUUUUUUUUUUCUUAACACAAUAAUUAAAACACUGGAGUAUUCACAACUGAAUGUGACUGACAGAUCGGGGAAGCAGAGGAACACUACACUACUGAUUGUGGACUCAGUUUAAUAAUAUUGUUCUACAUUUGUUUCUUUCCCUCCAGUUUGCUGCUAAUUGUCUGGAAAGUUUGUGACCGAGCAGCAAUUUUGACUUUUCACGCUAAGUUGACACCACUAGAAGCGAACAUGAGCUUCCAGAUGUUACAUUUCCCCAAUGUUGAUGAUAGAAUAUAUUUUGUAAGAGAUUAUUUUUAUAUAAUUAUUGUUUUAUUUAUUUUCUCUCCCUGUGUAAAAUAUUUUCCCUCAGCCUUUCUUUAUCUUUUACUGAAACACUGUUCUAAAAAUGUCUCCUCAGAAGAAAAAUAUAAUCAUGUCACACUGAAAUGUGCAGUAUUGUGAUGCAUUUACCGUUUCAGGGAGCGUACUACACCUUUUCGUACUAAUGUAACCCCCAUGUUACAUGAACAUGCCUUUCUCUGAGUCUCUCAUUGUAUAUUUAAUGUUUUUGAGUUCAAACAUUGUCAUUCGGUGCAUAAUUUGUCAAACAACAAUUUAAUCAGCAGCUUUUUUAAACCUGACGAUUAACAACAACACUGCAAACUGUUUCAGCUGCAGUUUGCAGGAAAUAAUAUGAUUAAAUAACGGCAGGUUUCUGU